GUUGUACCAAGAAUUAUAUGACCAAUUCAAUGGCGGAAUCUCAGGAUCUCAGUGGGACGUGGAACAGACUAGCUGCGCCUUUGCUGGAGCACAAGAACAUUGAAAGCAACAGCAGGGCUAAAAAUGUUAAUGUUAAUGUUGAUGUUGAUCAUCUUGAUGAUGAUGACAAGAAAGAUAACAACAUCAACAUGCCUCCGAAGUGCUGGGUUCGCCCUUUAGACCAACUACCUGUUGUGGACCUCCUACCACCUGAAGACUCGGAAGAUGAGGUGAACGAAUUUGCAGGAAUGGCAGAACGUGUUUCCGCGAGUUCGAUUACCUGUAUUCUUGGCGAAGCAGCAAGAGAAGAAGCAAGGCAGGAAGCGCAGAUUGAAUUGGCGAGGCAUUGUGUGGAC